UCAGAUAGAAUAAUACCAUCGUCAUCGACUCAAGUUGGUCAGCUCAGAACUCACCUCCAGUUCUCUCCUCCAAACUUCAGUUGAACUACUUUACGGAAUCUUCCUUCAUCUAGAAGUCUUGCGCGUUGUCCACAAAUUAAAGAUGCGGGGUUUCAUCUAUGUGUUGGUGUGCGCAGCGGCUUUGGCUGCCCACUCCCGAGCCCAGUUGCCCGGUGGUGGUGAUCCCUUUUACCCUGGUCAUGGAGAACCAGGUCAUGGCCAUGAAUGGCAUCACCAGCCGGGUGCUGGAGGACCAGUCCUAGGACCAGUGAACCCAGACCCGAAAAGGACAGAAACAUGCGCCAAGUUCUGGGUACACGAAGGAAACAGUUGCUACCUGUUCGACAGUGGUGCUUUCUUGAGACAAGUUACUGCUUCCGGUCCCCUUAUCGUCAACAACGAGAACGGGCUUUUCCAGGCUGCCGCCAAUAUGUACUGUGGCCAGAUGCACCCAGGUGCCAACCUUGUCACAGUCAACAGCCUGACAGAGAACAACUUCUUGUACGAGUGGGCUGUCAGGAUGAUGGUUGAGCCUGUACCAGUUUGGAUUGGUCUUCACGUUGGCCCAACGGGACUAUGGCAGUGGUAUAGCGGAGAACCAGUCACCUACACCAACUGGGAAGGGAUGAGGGUCCCACAGGCUGAGCCAGGUCUUGGGGCCAUGAUCUUUGAUGCUGAAAUCGCCAAUCAGGUGUUCAACAACCAGGUGGAGAUCGCCCCGCAGUGGGUUCCGGAAGAAGCCAUAAACGACCGACAUUCCAUCAUCUGCGAGUACCAUCCAUCUGGUAUUACUGCAGCUACGAAUGCUCCAACUACGGAUACUCCAGCUACGGAUCCUCCAACCACUCCUCCAAUGACCACAGCGCCCCCUACGGCUGCUACCACCCGCAGCCCAGUCCAGUUUCAGAACAACCCUAUGAACAUUGUCAAUCGUCUCACUGGAGGACGUUUUGGGGGGUCACUCCUUCACGAGGUACCACAAAGACAACAAAUGAGGCCCUCCAACUACAAGAUCAAUCCAAUUUACGGCGUCCAGCCUUGAGCUUGGGUUUAAUCGAGCUCUCCAUUCUAAAACCCCAAUCACACCACGCACCCCGAUACCCGACCGACAACAGACCAGACAGAAAAAAAAAUCACCUCUAAUGUUGAGAAUAAAAAAAGAACCGGUCAGUCUGGAGUCGGUCGGGUGUCGGUUUGAUGGUAUGACAGGGGUGAAACACUUUCCUUAGUUACAACCCACUUAAACAUGAUGAAUGAAAACCGAAUGGCUCAUCGUCAAAUAUCCCCUGGACAGUCACAAAGGUACUCUUCUGCUGCACUCCUGAACAUGUUCCGCAGCAGAGGGCGUCGUAACAAAGUCACUCUUCUGUUGACGUUUCUCCGAUCGGCAAACAAAUCAUUCCGAUCAGCCUUCAAACAACUUGUCUGUUUUAAAUGUGCAUUGAUAAAAGAAUGCAUGUGAUCCAUUUUAAAAGAACUUGUUUGUGUUCCAAUUCCGCUCCGUCUCAUUUAUUUCGUGUUUAAAAUCUAUCUAGAGAGUUAUCGUCUUACAGUUCCUUUUCCCUCACAUGUGUGUGACCUAAAAGUAUCUACAUUAUAUACGAUAACAUUUUAUUAUUUGUUCUUGUACAGUUUAUUUUUCAAGAGAUUCUUUGUAAAAUAUUCCUUGAGUUUUGUCAUAUUCAUGAGAAACGAUGUAGCCUAUGUUCAUGUCGGUGAUUCACUUGUACACAUUGAUUCUUUGUUCAUGAAUAAAUGAGAUUUGUUAUUUUA